GGACUUUGGUUAGCGAAUAUAGAUCGAGAUCAUUCUCGACUUCGGGAAAGUUAUUCUUUAUCAGCACUCAAUCAGCGCCAACUUAAUGCCGUUAGAACAUCGAAAAGCUCAGAUAAUUUGCAUCGAGUCACUGUCCGAGUUACUCCACCAAUUUCUCGAAAAUCAUCAAUUUUUUCAUUAAGAAGUAUAUUCAAUUUCUGGCGACCAUCCAGGUCUCGUUCAACGCAUAACAAUAAUCUUUCUGGAUCAAAAGAUAGUAAUUCACAAAGCUCUUAUGAUUCGCGAAAACGUAGACCUCGUUCAGCUAAUUUCGAUCCAAAUUCGUUGAUACUAUCGACUGGCAAGGAAUUAUUGCUACCCAUACACGAUAUCAAUGAAAUCUAUCGUAAAAUCGAAAAACUCGGUGAAGGAAGCUAUGCUGUUGUAUAUAAGAGCGAAAACAAGAUUGAUGGUCGAAUAGUGGCAUUGAAAGAAAUCAGACUACACAAUCAUGAAGGGUUACCUUUUACUGCGAUUCGCGAAGCGUCUCUUCUCCGUGCCCUUAGGCAUGCAAAUAUUGUGACUCUUCAUGAUAUUGUUCAUGAACAAGAUUCAUUAAUUUUCGUCUUCGAAUAUAUGAAAACUGAUCUCGGAAAAUACUUGGAACAAUACAAAAACGGUUUAGAUCCUAUUCAAAUCAAAUUGUUUUUAUUUCAAUUACUUCGCGGAUUAGCAUAUUGCCAUGAAAGGAAAAUUUUACAUCGAGAUUUAAAACCGCAAAAUCUUCUUCUCAACGAUAAUGGUGAAUUAAAGCUGGCGGAUUUUGGAUUAGCUCGAGCAAAAUCCGUUCCAAGUCGAACAUUCUCACAUGAAGUUGUUACGCUAUGGUAUCGACCACCUGAUGUGUUACUUGGUUCCACUAAUUAUUCCACAUCUCUUGAUUUAUGGGGUGUUGGUUGUAUAUUAGCAGAAAUGUGUACGGGUAGUGCUUUAUUUCCUGGCACUAAAGAUGUUGUCGAUCAACUCGACCGGAUUUUUAGCAUUCGAGGCUUACCGGAUCGUACAAAAUGGCCCGAAAUAAUCAGUUUCCCGCAUUUCGACUUGAAUUUAUAUCCACCAUACACCGAGAUGCAAUGGAAGGAUGUACAUCCAUCGUUAGACAAAUUAAAAAAUGGAUUAUCGCUAUUAAAUUUAUUUCUUCAGUUGAAUCCAUCGGAUAGAAUCUCAGCAAACGCCGCAAUGAUGCAUCCAUAUUUUGUUAAUUUGCCUUCUACAAUUCAUUUAUUACCACCAACUGCUUCAAUUUUUUCUUUGCCACAACUUUGUAAACUCAGUCGUUUAUCGCUUCAUAUCAAUCUUUUAUCUCAUUAA